CCUAAUUUUAUUUUCUCUCGACUCCCAAGCCUCCACCCUCGACACCAAGUGGUCAUCUCUUCUCUUCUUCUUCAAGUUGGAUUUCACUACCUGAACUGCAGUCAUCUCUUCAACCUCGUUGCUCCUGCUUGCAACCUUGUGCAAAGGACUUAAUGGAGGACUAGGGACGCUUCUAGCAGAAUUAUUGGCAUUUGCUAUUGUGUAAGAGGAAACCGACCACGUCUUUCAAGCUAUUUUUACUGGUGCUGCAAUUUAUGUUAUAGAAUACGCAAAAUAUAGUAUAGUAUCACGCUAGUUCCCUCUCUUUUGAAUAACAAGAAGAAGAAGAAAGCAAAAAGGAAACGGAGAGGAAUAUGAUAGAAGAAGAAGAACAACAACAACAAGAAGAAGAAUCAAAAGGAAUAGCACGUGGGGGACCUAUCUUUGUUCCUAAUUUGGUGGGGCCUCUCACUAGUGUUCCUGACUUUGAGUCUGCUCUUCUUCAUGAACUCCAGGAUUUGAAGGAUCAAUUGUCCUCAGAAUCUUCUCCAUCUUCACCUCCCAAUAUUCAUCAUCAUCUUGAUAUUUCGGUCGAUGAAAUUAAACUUCUGUGCGAUGAAGAUUUGGUUGACAUGGCCUUAAAUGAUACUCCUUUCACUGAGAGUAAUGGAAGCUGCUUGCGCUCAUCCAAUGCAAGCGAAAAUGAUAAUCUUAAAGUUUCAAGUAACAAUAACUUACAUUUGGAAAGAUCUGGAAGAGGUAGGGAUUCUUCCCCUCCUACCACAGGAACUAUUGUUAACAGGAAGGCAAGGAAGAGAAAAUUAUCUCCAAAGCCAUCUGAUGGAUCUCAUGCUCCAAACACAUGUAAUGGAGCUACCAGUAGGAAAAUUGCAAAGAAGAGAAAAGGAAGGCAGACAAAUAAGCAUGUUAUUGACGAGAAUUGCCUUGCAAAGGUCAGUGAACUGUUGAAGUUAAAAGAAAAGCAGCUCCAAGAAAAAGCAGCAUCCGGACUCUAUGCGCUAAAUUGCAAGAUCAGCAAAAGUGUUAAUCCAUCUUUGGAGAAAACUGAAAGCAUGAAAUAUCUCAAGUCUACAUAUUUUGAGAAACAGCAGUCAAAGCCUCAAUAUGUUCAAGAACACAUAGCUUUGCAGCAUCCAGAAUUUGUUCUAUGCAUCGAGGUUUACCACAACAUACGAAACUGGAUAAAGACACAAGAGUUCUUGGUCCUUGGAAGACAAAUGUUGACUGAAUUGAGGGACAAGAUCUAUUGCAUGACAGACCAGGUAAUGGAAAAGGCUGGGCAGCAUGAUCCAUCUGGAUAUUUUCUUGUAGAGGAUGUGUUUUGCAAUGAUUUGAGGGAUUCAUCCGCAAUAGAUUAUAGUGAGCCUAUAUUUGAUUGGCUUAGCAACUCAAAGGAUGAUGCUCUUAGAAAAUGGGAAUGCAUAACAGGUGGUGAGUUACGAAGAAAGCAGAAAGCAGUCCUGGGUGAGUUGCCAUCUUCUUGUUUGCCUCAAUUCAGACGUGUGGACAUGCAAAAGACUCGGUUUUGUGACUUGAGAUUUCGGCUUGGUGCAGGGUAUCUCUACUGCCAUCAGGGAGACUGCAAGCAUACCAUUGUUAUAAGAGACAUGAGAUUGAUUCAUCCGGAGGAUGUACAGAACCGGGCAGCCUAUCCAGUUGUAAUUUUCCAAUUAAAACCACGAGUCCGUAAAUGCAAUGUUUGUGGAAUAUUUAGAGCCAAGAAGGUGACAGUGGAUGACAAAUGGACCCCACAUAGUCCUUGCUAUUUCUGCAACGAUUGCUACUACCUUCUUCACUAUGAGAAUGGAUCAUUAUUGUAUAGUGAUUUCUCGACAUAUGACUAUCUGCAGGACCUGCCUGCCUAAGUGCAGUAGUUCUACAAUUUGAGGGGUUAUAAUUGCAGAGAGUAGCUACUGAUAUCGACUUGGGUUUAAUAUUAGUGAUAAGAGCAGUGAUUUUCAGAACAAAUUGUUUGAUUUUCUACUCUCCAUGCUACUGGAUGUGUUUGGAUUGAGCAUUAUGUGGUGGCUACUUGGGAAUAGGCAUCGCAUCCAAAAGCCGAGGUGGGAACAUGUAUAUUUUAUUCUUAUUUUGAGGUAUAAGUAGAUGAUGUCAAAACUCCACUAGAAUAUUUUGCAAAGGAUGUGUGCAGUAAGUCCUGAAA